GGUUUGAAACAUGGCUAAGCACACAUAAAAUUAGUGCUGGUUUAUGUAAGCACUGAAGGCCUAUCGAAUUCAAUCGAAAUUUUGUUUACAUAGUUUAUUUUGAUUUUGUUAAAUAAUAUUGCAACAAUUUUAAUGUAAAUUAUAAGCAGAACAUGUUAAGACACUGCCUCGCCAACGUGGACUAUGUCCGCCUGCACGCCCAUCAGCAGUUGCGUCCAAAAUGCGGCGAGAUCUUUUAUGAACAGGAGGCGAAUAGCUUCCAACUGGUCUGCCUGCUCUGCGAGAUGAAGCACUUUGGAUUCGAGGACUUCGCCCGCCACAUCCGCAAUGUGCACUUCGACAAGCAGGGCCGGCCCCUCACCAAGACGGUAACGGGAUUGGACAGACUAGCACGAGCGGAUCAAGAGUUCCAAACGGCCAGCGGAGCACCCUUGGCUGUGAGCGGCCUCAAAGAGGAGUACCUGUCCAACGAGGAUGUUCUGCCUGAGCGGGGGAACGCGGAACAGGAGCUGGAACUGGACCAGGACGAUGGCAAUCCCUUGCGUAUCAUGGUGCUCGACGGUAAACAGUCAGAGGACGAGGAGACCAUCGAUACGAUGUGGCAGCCGGAUCGUGGCAGUUCCUCCGCAUCCGAAAACGAGGGGUGUGAUCUGGAAACGCUGAUUGGCGUGGAUAAUCGGCAAGAUUAUCAACCGGAUGAGGAGGAGACGCACCAGUCCGUUUUCAAGAAGCAGCGCCAACCGAAGGACUACAAUUGCCCACACUGCGAUAGGAGGUAUACGACGCAGAAAUACCUGAAUACCCACCUGAAGAUGAGCCAUCCGUAUCCGCAGGCCUUCAAGUGCGUCGACUGCGAAGCCACCUUCGAUGUGGACCGGGCAUUGGCCCAGCACCGUCGCAAGGAGCACACGGAGUUCGCCUGCCAGCUGUGCGACAAGGUGUUUAAAAGCUCGCGAUCCCUACUCCGCCAUGUGCAGGGUCACUCCGGCGCCAGGACAUUCAAGUGCGAGCACGAGAACUGCGGCAAGUCGUUUGUCAACCAGCACAACCUUACCUCACAUCGGCGGGUCCACAGCGAGGAGCGGAACUACGUGUGCGAGCUGUGCGGCUAUAGAUCACGCUACCGGGAGGCAUUGAUCGUACACCGUCGCACGCAUACGGGCGAGAAACCGUUCCAGUGCCAGACCUGUGCCCGCCGCUUUGCUUCCAAGUCGCUGCUCAACGAGCACCAGGCCAUGCACUCCACCGAGAAGCCCUACAAGUGCGACAAAUGUGAUUCGGCCUUCUCCCGCCCGAAGGCGCUGUACCACCACAAGCAUCUCCACUUGGGCAUAAAGAAGUUCAAGUGCAAGAUCUGCGGAAAUGCCUAUGCCCAGGCGGCAGGUCUUUCCGCUCACAUGCGGGCGCACAAGCUCCAGGCGUCGGCCAAUGCCAAGGAGGGCGUCGAGGCGGGACCCAUCGAGAUGCUAUUCACCUACAGAUCGGACUGAGCGGAAGCCUCCAGUCGCCUUAAGGAUCCCUAUCACAUUAUAUCAAAGAUACACCACACACAAUAUUCGCUGUUCUAGAUAGCUUUGAUAGCUUUUCAAUGUUUAUAGAAACUCGAUUUAGUUGACACAUUCGUACCAACUUUUCACGUAUCUUUCAUAGUAUUAAACAAGCGAAUACUUUAAAAAUAUUAUAUCAGUUUCUAAUCUAAGGACGUAAAUGUUCUUUUUAAUUUAAAGGAUGAAAGCUUUCCAUUUCCGUGUCUCAAAUAUUUGUACCUACAUAUCAAUAGAAGUUCUGUAUAAACUGUUAAAUCUGUUGGUUAAGAUAGUUUUAAGCCAAGACCAUACUUCCGAAUAGAACCAACCAAGUAUGUACAAUAAAUG